GGAGACCACUUGAGUACCUCAGACACUACAACAUUCGGGUUAGUCACCGUUCAUAACAGCUGGAACAGAAUUUCCAGACAACAAAAACAAGUCAUUUGAAAGAUCUGAAGAACCGAAGACAUUUUCAUUUAUUGGAGGAGACUAAAAGGAUUAUGUGAGAAAAGACAGCCUGAAAAACUUGAGUUUAAAAUUACAAAAAAUAAUAACAAUAAAUUGGACAACUAGAAGGCCGUCAAGAAAAUGAUUUCAGCAAAGGUUUGUUUGAGAUGGACUUUCCUGACAACUAUUGUGGUGGCUGCAUGGAUUGAAGCUGCGCCAGCGAGAGACAGUAAAAGCACCGACAAAGUCGUAGUGGACAAGCAAGAGAGAGAGAUAGUGCAGACGAGGUCGGAAUCUGUGGCGAGCGUUCGCCGAGAGCGUUCUGCGACAGAUACCAGCGGUGACGACGCUAACACGGCGGACAACUUCCUGCAUGCAUAUGGCUACUUCCGGAAAGGGAAACCACUCUCCUUGCAGACUGGACUGGCCACAGGAGAAGCCAGGGAGGAGAGCAAUGAAGGGGAUAGCACGUCAGAUGCCGUCAGGAUGUUCCAGAGCUACUUUGGCCUUCCCCAGACAGGACGACUCGACAGGGUCACGAUGGAGCUGAUGAAGAAGGACCGAUGUGGUGUUGCUGACAUCCCAGAAGAAAAUGACAAAACAACAAACUUAGAAACUCCGCAAUCAUUUGCUCUUAGUGGAACGAAGUGGGAGCAUGACACCCUGUCAUGGAAACUCACCAAGACAACGAAUAAACUGUCUAAUGAAGACCAGCGGAGAGUGAUGCACGAAGCAUUCAAUGUAUGGAGCCAAACGGCGCCUCUUACUUUCCGUGAAGUGAGAUCAAAUGACAAUGCGGACAUUGUGAUACUUUUUGGAAGAAAUAACCAUGGUGACAGCUACCCGUUUGAUGGUCGAGGCAAAGUGUUGGCGCAUGCGUAUGGGCCGGGGAAGUCCGAUCUGGCGGGAGACGCCCAUUUCGAUGACGAAGAACACUGGACAAGGGAUGCUAAGACUGGCUCCGACCUGCUGAUGGUGGCCAGCCACGAGCUGGGUCACUCUCUGGGUCUGUCGCACUCUCGUGACCCCAAUGCACUCAUGUACCCGUACUACGGAAUGCAGACGGCGCUGAAACUGGGCGACGACGACAUUCAGGCCAUCCAGUCGUUGUAUGGUACCCGACUGGGCCCGCUACCCACCACCAGACGACCCCCCGUGGUCACCCAGGGUAGCACCGCCAGUCCGCAGUGGACCAAGAGUCACAUGACCGCCCCCACGGCUCGAGCCACCACCCGCGGACCAGUCACUGGAUCGACAACUCGUCCUGCAGGCUGCAACAUCGACUUCGACCACGUCAUCGAAGAUGACAGGAACGUCUACAUCGGCAUCAAGGGAGACCAGGCGUACCGCUUUACGUCCGAGAAGCUGUUGCCAGGGUACCCUGUACCCGUGCAGAGCCUCUUCAAGGGGGCGCCCGCUCGUCCGUCAACGGUCUUCACCUCACCUGAGAAGAAGACAACAUUUUUUAUAGAAGGUAACCGUCUGUGGCGCUUCACUAACAAUGUCCACGACGGCAAAACCGCCGACAUCCAGUUUCCAGAGGUCAUCCGCUUUGUUCUUCCACUUGUGGACUCGGCUGGAAACAGACGGUUCUUUGCCUUCGGGACAACCUACUGGUUUGAGUACAAUUUUGAUGAGCCAAGUCAGCUGCGUCCCCGAUCUUACUCGAUAGUCCAGUACUGGCCAGGUGUGACGACUGAUGUCAAGUAUGGCAUUGAGUGGAGUGACGGACACAUCUACCUGGUGACACCUGACAGUCACGUGGUACUGGACCAUUUCCGGCGACCGUUGAAAGGAGGAAAACAGUCGGGCGUCCCUCACUGGCUGCAGGCUGUGUGUAUGCAGACUGCCUCUCUGGCAGGGUCGGAAGCUACUUCAAAGACUCCAUCGCUGAUACUACUGUUGGCAGCAUUUGUAUCAGUUAUAUUUGUGUUUCCACGAGAAUAAUGCCAUAGGUAAAACGCUUCUUCUGAGGAGGAAACGAGAAAGCAGGGAUGUGAAUGAAUGUUGGUGUUUCCAUAGAAACCGCCUUGAAGAAACAAGCAAACCACGACGAAAACCUUCAGGUCCUUGGAGUCAUCUACUGACAACUAAAAAUGUGAACAGAUGAGCAAAGGAACAAAACCUGGUUCGGAUUGUGGACCGCGAUCAUCGAAACUUUUCUACUGUAGCUGAAUUUUUGCAGCACCGUCUAUCAGAGACUUUCAUGAUGAGCUACAUAUCAUCUCACUUCAUACGGGUGUUUGGAUGCAAUAAUUAAAUGAAAACACCUACAUGACUGGAGGGUGGGGGUAGGUGGGGAAGUGGGAGUGUUAGCACCACAACAUAUCGGCUUUCAGCAUCACACACUGGGGCAGUUUGUAAUGAUGUUUUGAGCGGAGUGAGAGAGAAGCUGAAAUGACCGAGAAGAUAGCUGAGACUGGCUACUGAAAGUAUACUAAUUUAUUGUAGUAAGACAUACAUAAAUUAUGUUAAAUAAAUUAAAAGUAAAUUAAUAACUGCAAAGCAAGAUACAGAGCAAGAAAAGGAAGUUAAGAGAAAGAAUGUGGUGAGGGGGAGAGAGAAAGAGAAAGAACGAAUGAACAAAGAUACUGAAUGAAAUCGAGAGGAAGAGAAAGAUAUAUGAAAAGAAAAAAUAUAGAGAUGUGAGCGAGAAAAAUGCGAGUUAAUAAAGAGAGAGAGAGAAAGUAGCAGAGAGUGGAUUUUGGAAGAGUAAAAAAUAAUGAAAAGUAAUGAUAACGAGAGUAGAUGGAAAGAGGAUGAAAGAAAAUAGAGGAAAACCUAUGAGAAAAAGUAAGGGAGAGAAUAAAGAAAGUGUGGGAGAGAAAGGGAGAGAACUCUUCAUCAAACACUGUCUCGUCAUCUUUCGUUUCGUCAGGAAUGACGAGGCAGAUGUUAGCGCGAACAACGGAAUAUUAUUAUUUGUUAUCAUCGGUUGUGUAUCACUUGCUUAGUUUCAAGACGACAUGUUGUACUCCUGAAAACUAAGACUGUACUUUCUUUGUAGGUUUUUUGUACUUUCAUUCUUUUUCUUCAUUUCUUUCUUUUUUCAUUAUUUUUUCUUUCUUUUUUGCUUUCUCUUUUCUUUUGUUGUGGUUUAUUUAUGGUUAUGUGAUUUCUGGAGAAGGAAAGACUGAAGCACUGGUUGUUAUACUCCCAUGUCAUCAGAUUUGUAUUUCAUGUUUUAUUGUUUCAUACUUGUCCAUUAUUUAUUGCAAUAGUUAUUUAUUGCUCGCUAGAAAAUAAAAUAUAGUCUCAACAGA